AGUUUUGUUAACGUUAACGUUGUGUCUAAAUAACACAAAACCGUCUCCAAAUCAGCGCCUUGACAGAGCAGUUUUAUCUGUCUUGGGAGAGAGAGAGUGGCACUGCCGAGGCGUCACAUAUUGAAAGGUUUGUGUUCACUAGAUAUAGCCACAGAGAGCAAGGGAUGCGUUAAAACGCGGUUUCUAAAAGUGGGAGAAUAAAACAACUGGAAAGUUUUUGCUUUUCGAAAGGAACCUUUUGGAGUAGCAGCAAGAAACCAUUCAACACCAACCUCCGAUGCAAAGGCUCCAUGGCAUAAAGCCUGUCCUCACAUCCAGCUGGUCCCUGGGGAGAGCUGCCGAGGAGCUCGCUACUCUUGACGCCCCGCUGCCAUUUUCCACAGCCUGAGGGGAACCAGGAAGCAGCCGGCAGGAGCCAUGCCUGCCCUGGCCACCGGAGCCGGCCACGAGCCAGGUCUGUAUGAGCUGCUGGCGGCUCUGCCCUCCCAGCUGCAGCCCCAUGUCAGCCGCCCCGAGGACAACACCUUCCUCCAGGACAUGUUUGGGGAGAGAAGCCUCCACUCGCUGAUCAAGAUCCAUGAACAGCUGCAGCACUACGAAGAGAGCAAACCCGUCCCCGUCCUGGACAGCGCUGCAGCUUUGGCCCAUGAAUUUUCCGAGGAGCUGGAAGGGAAAUCAGCCAAUGAAGAAAUCAAAGAGCUUCUCCAACUACUGGCCAAACCCCACGUGAGGAGCCUCCUGUCGGUCCACGACACUAUCGCCCAGAAGAGAUACGACCCUGAGCUACCUCCGCUGCCCGAUGACAUCGAUGACGACGAGGAUUCUGUGAAAAUCAUAAGACUGGUCAAGAACAAGGAACCUCUCGGAGCAACGAUAAGGCGUGACGAACACACAGGAGCCAUCCUCGUGGCCCGGAUCAUGAGAGGAGGAGCAGCCGACAGAAGUGGGCUGAUUCAUGUCGGAGAUGAACUGAAGGAGGUCAAUGGAAUCCCCGUGGAUGACAAGAAACCGGAGGAGAUCAUUCGUAUUCUGGCCCAGUCGCAAGGAGCCAUUACCUUUAAAGUUGUCCCCGGCCUCAAGGAGGAGGCGCCGGCCAAGGAGCCAAAGGUGUUUGUGAGGGCGCUCUUUGACUACGACCCUAAGGAGGACAAAGCCAUCCCAUGUAAGGAGGCCGGACUGGCCUUCAAGAGGGGCGCCAUCCUCCAGAUCAUGAGCCAAGAUGAUGCAACCUGGUGGCAGGCCAAACACGAGGGGGAGGCCAAUCCCCGCGCCGGCCUGAUCCCGUCCAAACAGUUCCAGGAGAGGAGAUUUGCGCUGCGGCGACCUGUCGCGACUCUCCCGCUCCAGAAGACCCUCAGCCGACAAUCAUACGAUGUGGCGGUAGAGUUUGCUGAGGAGAUCGAAGAGGACGCUGACUAUAGUAGCGGAUUCCAGCUAGCUGGGUUCAGGAGGAGCUUCCGUAUGAGCAGGAGGGACAAGAAGACCAACAAGUCCAUGUACGAGUGCAAGAAGAGCGAGAUGUACGACAUGGCGGACGUGCCCACGUACGAGGAGGUCACGCCGUACCGCCGGCAGAGCGGAGCUAAGCACAGGCUGGUGGUCCUAGUCGGACCCACGGGAGUCGGUUUGAAUGAGCUCAAGAGGAAACUGUUGAUCUCAGACCCCCAGCACUUCAGUGUGACCAUCCCACACACCAGUCGGGCCAAGAAGAACCAGGAGAGCGACGGCGUGGAGUACCACUUCAUCUCCAAACAUCUCUUUGAUACGGACAUCCACAAUAACAAGUUCAUCGAGUAUGGCGAGUACAAAGGGAAUUACUACGGGACGAGUCUAGACUCGAUACGCUCCGUCCUCUCCAAGAACAAAGUGUGCCUAUUGGACGUCCAGCCUCAUACCAUAAAGCACCUGCGGACGGCAGAGUUUAAACCCUUCGUCGUGUUGGUGAAGCCGCCUACGAUCGAGAGAUUGAGGGAGACCAGAGAGAACGCCAAAAUCAUAUCGGGCAAGGACGACAAGGGAUCUGCCAAGCCAUUCACGGAGGAGGACUUCCAGGAGAUGGUGAAAACGGCCCAGACGCUGGAGACUCAGCACGGCCACCUGUUCGAGAAGGUCAUAGUCAACGACGACCUCUCGGCGGCCUUCAGCGAGCUGCGGUUGGCGCUGAAGAAAGUGGAGACGGAGACUCACUGGGUUCCAGUCAGCUGGACUCACUCCUGAGAUCCACACAGACUGUACGAGGAGAAAAGGGAAGGGCUUUGACGAAAAUAUGCAGGUUUUUUAUCUUUUCUAUGUCUGCUGUAGCUGGUGUUGUUGGGGAGGGGGGGGAUAACGGGAAUAAAACACGACUGCUGCGUCGCCAUACCUGCGCUGCACAGAGCUAAAAAUAAGCCUGAAAUCCGGUUGGAUUUAGACCUCAGCUGUGGUCUGGAUGUGGAUCUCCAGGUCUGACCAGAUCUGACGUGGCUGAGGCUGAGGCUGAGGGCGUCUGUCCAGAAUAUGGGCCUCUUGGACGGUGAUCUGUGUCUCAGUCUGGUGACACGAGCUGGAGCUCCUUGGUCCAAACCAGAAUGUGGAACGAGCUUGGACCAUCACAGCACCAGCAGUCCCGCCAGCACAUCAGCAACCGUGCCAGCUAGGACUCCGUCUUUAGCGUGUUUAUAACAUUUAGACCAUUAGAAACCAAAGGGAUUGACAUAUUUCUACUUGGAGGACAUGCAUAUGUCUGUAAAAGAACACUGAGGGGGGGAGGAAAGAACAUUUCCCCUCUGUCUUACUAUAUUUCUGUGCUUCUAUAAUGCUUCCAUGACUGUUUCUCCAAACAAAACAUUGUCAGGUACACUCUCAAGAAAAGGGCAGUAAGUGUAAUUUUAUUUAAGAGAAAUUAAUAUAUUUUCUAAUAUCCUCCGGUUGAUUUUUUUGCAUACCUUUUUAUAUACAUAUCUCGACUUUUAAAGAUCUCAACCGUAGCCUGACAGAGUACACCAGAGACGUCUCUUCUUUCAGUCAAGUGUUUUGAUUUCAUCACCCUAGUCUAGUUUUCCCCCUACAAAGCACAUACAGAGCCAUUUUAUUUAGGUGUUAUAUGUUCCAUUUAGGAGCAUUUUCUGAAAAGCCACCCUUCAUGUGAAGGUUCCCAGCAUAACAGCUUUGCCAUUUCGAGUCCCAGAACUGGACACGUUUGGCUCUGUGCUCGAAGAAAAUGGUCACAAUUGUGUUUUAUUAGGGUGGAGUCCUUAUUUUGAUUUCACAUAAAAAUGGCUUCAGCGAGGCUGCUAAUAGAAGGUCCCUUCCAGGGUUUUAACUUUGAGAAAUGCUAAGUAGCUGCCCCUGACUUUAUGAGCAUUACGAGUACAUUGCUAAUUUGAGUCUCCUAUUCCCAGUCUAACUAGUACUUUUCUUUUUUUUUUUAACUUCUAACUGAUUUUCAAAGCAGCUAGCUAGUCAUUAAUCCUGGCUGUAUUAUUAUCAUUAACAAUGUCCCAGUCCUGGUAGCUCCUCAGUUCUCUGCUGCUACUGUAGUGAAAAACUGAUGAAGAGCAAUAUUUUACAUUUUAAAGGAAUAGUUGUCCUCUUAAUUGCUUUCUUGCUGAGAGUGAGAUGAGAAGGUCGAUACCACUUUUAUUUACAGACUUCGAGCCAAGAGGCUAUUAUCUUAGCUUAGUUUAGCUCAGCAUAAAGGCUGUCCAAAGUUCAGAAACAUGCAGCCCCUCGAAAGUUGGGAUUUUAUGAACUUGUUGUUUCUGAUUGUGAACAAGAUAUGAGCUUUAAAGGUGCUGCUACACAUAUUUUUUUUAACUUCGGAGAGAGUCAGAGUAGUUGUUUGCCCAUGCUUUGUCUGUAUGCAAAGCUAAGCUAAUUCGCUUCUGGCUCUGGCUCCAUACUUAAAGGGCAACUUUGGUAUUUUUCAAAAGGACUCUAUUUUCCCAUGUUACACGUCAAAGUGACUAAUGUGGACAAUAAUUUUUAAUAUUGGUCCAGUAUUGAGCGAGAACGCAGCAGACGGCAGUCGCAAAACAGGAUGUAUUGUACAAGAUCAAUGGAAGGAGGUCUUGGGGUAUGGGGUAUACCACAUGCGCAGUGUAAGCUGCGGUUAUGCGAUGCGAUAGUCUCAAUUUCGGCGAGGGCAGACCAGAUUUCUCUGCACAUGUGUUAUACUCCCAAAGAUAUGACGCGUGAUCCAGCCUCCUUCAAUAGGCCUUGGUAUUGUAAUCCUUCCGGGCAAUAGAGAGGAAAAGUCCCGCACCUUCCAGUGGAACCCAUGGGACCUUAUUUCGGAAAAAAAUUGUACGGUAGUCUACGAUGAGAAGAUGAAUCACACAUAUGAUGUUUGUCAAUUUAGAACAUCAUUUUGCAA